CUGUUUUCGCUGGUGCACUUCAUCCUGUUCUACACCCUGGACUUGGACGUGGACUUUGACCUGAUUAGGGAGAUUCACUACGGCGACUGCCUCGGCAAGGCGUUCUCAGCGACGUCAGCGUGCACGGGCAAGACUUCAGUGGCAUCUCCACAAGACAGGAGCCAAUCACCGCGAGGGAAGAAAUCACCACGCCGUGGUCAGAGCCCUCGGAAGCCAUCUCCACGAGGAGGCAAAGGCAAGGAUGCUUAUGGUUAUGGACCUUAUCAGCAAUUUCCUGCAGCUCCUUUUCAGCAGCAGAACUUUCCACAGGGUCCACCUUUGCCGCCUCCAGCUGGACCGCCCCCAAUGUGGGCACAGCCGUUUCCGCAACAAGGUGCACCGAAUAUGUCCCUCUUGAACAUGAUGAAUAUGAUGCCUCCACCGCCUUUGCAACAGCCUGCGCAAAGUCCUAUGCCGCAGCCUUUUGUUCCUCUGGCGGUUCCGGCACCUACCAUGGUUCAGAGUGCCCCCAAUCCUGGACAAUCCGAUCUGAUCAACUUCUUGCAGAAGCGAUCUGUGGAUCUUCCUCCAGAUGUUCAACAACGAGUUCAGACGGAGUCCAGAAAACAGGGGAAGAAGGUCAUCAAAGAUUUGCAGGCAUCUGCCAAGGCGCUUGGAGAAGCUUGCACUGCCUACGAGGAGGCCCUUCAAGCUCGAGUUCAGCAUGUUUCGACUUGGAAGACAUUUUUGGCAGAAUCGGUCCGGAAUUGGACGGACUACGCCAGGAUGUUCGAACAGAACGAAGCUGCCUUGCAAACCAGAAUUGCUUCUGCCAAAGAACAAUUUCAGGAGGCAAAGGAGUGUCUCGAUGCAUCGAAGACUUCGGCGGGUCAAGUGACAGAGAUCUCUGCCAGCGACGAGGAAGAACUUCCUGGAGACGCGGAAUCUUCUGCGAUGCAGAUCACAACGAGCAUCCAAACCCUGUCAGAUUCUCUGCAGCAGCUUUCGAAGGAAGCCGAAGCCAUUCAAAUCGAAGGGCCAGCUGCCAAGCGCCCCAGGACAUCAGAAGAUUCCAAGGAAGAAGAGGACACUGAAUGGAGAAUGCAGAAGUUUUGUUUGCCGGCUACCUACUUUGCCUGCGAAUCAACACCCUGGAGUGGUUGCCCCAAGAUUGCAGAAAUGCGUGCAAGUCGUUUCCAAGUUUGUCCUUGGCAUGAGGGAGAUUUUGUACGAAGUUGCUCUUCUUCCCAUGGCCAAUUCGACACUCGAAUUGCGGCCACUCCUGGCGAUGUUGAUCAGCACAAGAUCAUUGACAACCAAUUGGACAACCCCGCUCGUCGUCUCCAACAGGAACCAACUGAACAACAUGAACGAGCUGUGAUCCAUCAGUCCAGAGCCGAUAUCCUUCCUGGUUCCAGAGAACAAUUGAUCCUCAUCGACCUUGAGAUUCAUUUCCAUGCGCUCCCUGAUGGACUUUUAGGAUCUCGGAUGCAUGACAUUGCUCGAGCAGAUGAUCACAGCACUUUCUUCCAGCUGGACAUGCAAUCGAUGCCUUCCUCCUGCCCUUCAAGAACUGGCCAAACGCCUUUGCUCCAACUCAAAGUUGAUCCAGCUUCAUGGAUUGAAGAGCUUAUCGCUCCAUGGGAGGAGGUCAUUGACGAGAACAUGGACAUCACACUACCUGGAGUUUUGAUUGAUCACACUGCUUGGUCCUUGCCUUCACUCAUCACGGCGAACUCAGUGAUUCGACUGGUGGACUUUCAAGUUGAAUGUCGAUUUCGCCGAUGCAGUGUGCGACGUGGCCCACUUCCCUUUGACCCAAUCGAUUUUGAUGAGAUCGAAUCUGGCAUUGGGAUCGUCAUUUAUAUUUCUCCUUCACAGGACUUUGCGCAGGCAGCAUCUCACGCUGAAGAGAGCGACCAUAGUGGAUUCCUUCAAACUCCUCAUGACCAGCAACUGGAUGGCAUUGAUGGGCCCGGCACAGACAGGAUCUCACACGGUGCUGAGCGCUUUGAGUUCAAUCCAUCUGCACAUCGAUUUUGUCCUGGACGUACCUCCCACAGCUCAACACCGGCGGGGAUGGAAGCUUUGAGAGACCUCUGGGCGCAGACGGCCUUUAGCUGGGAGGGUGAAGUCGUUUCCAUUAAGGUCAUCACCUGGUUCGUGGACCAGUUCAACAGGGCCCUUCAUGUCUGUUGGCGACCCAGAGUCGUUCAACUCUCAGAGAACGCUCAUGACUGGGAAGGCUUACUCCGUCGAGCAUGGUCUGACCUUCAACUACAAGGUGCCCCAAUCAUGGUCCAUGUGGUUCAGCCGGCUCCACCCAUCUGGGAUCGCAGCAUUGUUGCCCAUGUGAUCCUGAUCCAGAACCCCCAGGAUGAACUUUCUUCUGGCAUCAUCACUGUCUUUGACACAGAACGAUUGCCCAGUGGUCCGUCGAUGCAGUUUGCGCUGACCACUCGUGACCAAGUCGCUCUUGAAGACCUGGUCACUAUGCGCCCGACACUUCAAGAGCUUCAAGCGCAGCAAGAUGGCCUUAACCUUCUGCAGCUCACCGCCAAACGAAAGAUCCCCUACGCGCCCAUCCGUCUGAUAGGUGCUGGAGAAUUACCAGGGACUUUGCCCUCCUUCCUUGAGGUUCCCUCGCCACCUUCGGCUCUGAAAGUCUCCCAAGAACUCAAAUGUUUUGGGAUUUGCUGCAAUAUUGCCCUGCUUUCAGAUGAAUUCACUGGACUUGCCUUUCCUUUGGAAUUCCUGGAGGCACCUACAGCGAAUCACUUUGUCUAUGUCUCUCAAGCUGAGCCCUUCGAUGUUCUUCUUCACUCAUUUGACAUUGAGACCAACCCCAGCGAGAUUGAUCACAUGAGGCUUCUUUACCAAUUAGGUUUCGAAAAAGCGGUGAUUCUCUCGUCUAUUCCGCAUGCAGCUGGCAUCACAGAGGUUGUCUUCACGGUGUCCCACGGCUCGCUCCAGUUGCCAGAACCGAGAGUCAGACAGCUUCCGGACUGGCCACCACAUCAGCCCCAGCGACCUUUACGACCCAUGUUUCUGCCCAAAUAUCUGGAGGUGAAUGCCCCAUGCAAUUUGGAUCGUGGUGUUACUUCGGCAGACUUGGCAGCCUUCUUCACCUCAUCAAAAGGAACGCUUUGCACCUCCUUUGAGGGACUUGACCUACCAGACAUCUGUGUGGAUAAGUUUGCGCAGCUUGCCCAUCGUUCACAGUUUGACAGGUUGGUGAUUUACACAGAUGGAUCCUCCCAGACGAGGCACCGACACAUUGACCCCUUUCUCAAUGAAGAGAUUGGGAUCCCAGACGCUUGGUGUUUCCUUGUCUUGGGUGAGACCUAUGUUUCGUCAUCUUCCUCUGAGUUUACGCUGAUUGGUUGGUCCGCCCAUCAAGUUCGCUGCGGUGCUGAUCAUCCAUGGUCUCUUGGAGCUGACCGCACUGGAUCUGCAAUUGCGGAGAGGGAGGCGUUAACCUGGGCCAUGCUUUGGAGAAUAGGGCAAAAUUCUUGCAUCCCCACCAUUUUCAGGAGCGAUUCCAUGCUGACCCUGCAACAGGCACAAGGUGUCAUUGGAGCCUCCCAAUGCGACAGCUCCUUUCAGAUCCUGCGUGGUUGCGCGCAGCUGCUGGACUCGGCGCUUGGACCUGACGGCCUCCUUUUUGACCAUAUUCCUGGACAUGCAGGGGAUCCUUACAAUGAGUUCUGUGAUCACAUUGCCAAACAGGAAGGGAAGAAAGGGUUUUUCCUCAAGCGACCGGCACUUGAGUUGUCCACCUGGCGGCCCAUCAUUCCCUUUCUUUGGAUGCUUUUUGAUUCCCAUUCUGGAGUUCCAUCAUUUCAAGGCAGUGGUUUUGAUGUGCAUCCUCCCGACCUUCCACCUGUUGAUGGCCCGCGACCUGCUGAGCAACAUGACGUGCGGCUCAAACAGAUCGAGUUUGCCAUCAGCAUUGCCACGGGCAACGUGCAAUCCCUUGGACGAGGAGAAGUUCUCAGGGACAAGGAGGUGUUGAAUUGUGGUGCAAUCUUCAACAGCCAAUUGCCACCCUUGAUCGCAAAGAGAUUUACCUUCAGCGUAAGCACUUCUGCGUUGCACAUCGUGAUCACCGUCGCCUCCUGGUACGGCUUCAACAUGACUGGUUUGAGGCUUGGAUUCUCGUUGCUUAUGCGCCUCACAGUGGCUAUUCAACGUCAGACAGGUCGACUUGGUGGUCAGACACGCAUGAUUGUCUUCACAGAGCAGGAGUUGGCGACUCGCCUCUCUUUGUUUGUAUCGAUGCCAAUGCUGGACUGGGCGAUCCUGAUGGGCAAGAUUCUGGAAGAGCUUGACAUGGGCAACAAGCCCAGACAUGGCCCAGUCAAACCUUAUGUCACAGACCAGAUUUGGGCAUUGAGGAAGACCAAGCUUCACCAUCGCAAACAACUUCGCUUGCUACGUGGGCUAUUCCGCAGAGAAACUCUGGCUCGGACUUUCUUGGCGUGGAAAGCACCCAACACUUGGGAACAGGAGCAGUCCUUUGCAUUUGGCUCUACACUUCGUAUUGGCAUUUUGCAUCAUGGACUUGGGUUUCGGACUUCUGCGGGCCUUCUUCGUAGAAUGAUUAGCAAGAACAAGGCGACUGUGCACUCGGAGCUUGUCAGUGAGUUUGAUCACUCGACAUCAGCUUCUGACAUUCAGCAGAAAUUGCGCCCCUUUCUGGGCUCCACCAACAAACUUCGUCAAGGCCUCUCGCCGCUGCCUUUGAUCAAGGAUGCCUGUGGACAGCCUUGCACUUCUCAUGAAGCAGCUCUCAAUCGUUGGAUUGAAUUUUUCAGUGAGAUGGAAGGAGGAGAGAGACUUCCCCUUGCAGAACAACGACGCAUCUGGCGAAGCAACCUCUCCAAGCUGGCCCAAUCUGGGUUCACAAUUGCCAUUCAGGAGAUCCCUUCGCUUGCAGAACUUGAACAAGCAUGCCGACAAGUCAAGGCUGGUAAGGCCUCUGGCAUGGACGGAAUCCCCUCUGAAUUGUUGCGAUAUUGUCCUAGUACGAUUGCAAAACAAUUCUACUCGCUGCUUUUGAAGAUCUGCUUGCAGGGGCAGGAACCUCUGGAGCACAAGGGCGGCUACCUUGUGCCCAUCUGGAAGGGAAAACUUGGGAAAGAUUCAUGCCAAGCAUUCCGUUCCAUCUUGAUUUCGUCUAUGGUGGGCAAGACUUUGCACAAAGCUCUGCGCACCAAACAGACGGAUCUCUAUCAAAGUUUUCUGCAUCCCCAGCAGCUUGGAGGCCGCAAAGGAAUCUCUGUGGUUCUUGGAGGGCAUCUCAUCAGAGCAUUUCUACGAGUUUUCGAAGCACGCAGACAGCCCACAGCAGUGCUUUUCAUUGACCUACAGGAGGCAUUUUAUAGAGUGGUGCGUCCUCUUGCCAUUUCUGGUGAUUGGACCGAUGAGGUCAUUGCGACCAUGGCUGUGCGCUUAAAGAUGGAUCAUCACCUCUUGCACGAUCUCUAUGAACACCUCAGAGCUCCUAGCGCUGUUGAGGCUGCUCAGAUGAACCAGGUGUCACGACGAGCUAUCCAAGCAUUGCAUACAGACACGUUCUUCGCUUUGCAUGGACAAGAUGACCGUGUCCGCACGGUCCACGGCUCGCGCCCUGGCGAUUCAUACGCAGACGUGGUGUUCGGGUACUUGAUGGCUCGGGUGUUACAAUCAUUUGAAGCGGCCAUGGAGCAAUCCCAUAUUCUGUCGGAAUUUCCACAGGAACUCACCAUUGAUCUGCAUGGACAACAACCUGACCAUCACGGUGCCGCUGCACAGCGCCAGCAGAGACUGUUGGGACCAUGCUGGAUGGAUGACUUGGCGAUUCCUCUCACAGCCAAUACCAAUGAGGAGAUUCGUCGCAGGAUCGCCAUUGCUCAUCAAUCUUUCAACAAACAUCGGAAGAUCAUCUACCAGAAUGAAGGCCUUGUCAUCGCCAAACGCAUCGAGAUCUUCAACAGCUUGGUUCUCAGUCGUCUGCUGUUCGGCGCUGAAACCUGGUGCAUCUGCGACCAGAAAACAAAGGAAUAUUUGCAUUGUGCCAUUGUUCGCCUCUACAAGCGGUUGUUGAAGAGUCCUCGGGAUGCUCACCUUUCGGAUGAGGAAGUCCUACACCGCACAGGGCUGCCGGAACCAGCUACUCUUUUGCGGAUUCGCAGGCUGAGCUACUUGGGCUCUCUUCUUUCUGUGGGCGCUUCUGCUCACUGGGGCCUGCUUAACCAAGAUCAGGCCUGGAUGGAUCUUCUUCGUGCCGAUCUGCAAUGGGCAGGGGACCAACUUGGCAGAACAUGUCAUCUUGGAGAUCCUUUUUCUCAUACCGAUCGGUGGUUGGAGGUGAUCACCUUUCAUCGCGGUUACUGGAAACGACUUCUUCGACGUGCUCGGGAGCAUUCGGUGCUGGUCGCAUCCAGGCGGUUCCUUUGCAGAUCGGCGCAUGUGCGCAUUCAUGACAUGAUGCAAUCGCAUGGACGAUGGGAGGGCCCUGAUUUGCACCAUACCACUUCCACGAGUACGAAAUCAUUCUUUGGAUGCCUUCAUUGCUCAUUAAGAUGUCAGAGUUUCGCUGGGGAAGGAGCGCACAUGUUCAAAUCCCAUGGCAUUACACACCCUGUGCGCACGCUCAUUGGUGGCACACAAUGUGGAGCAUGCCUCACCGAAUACUUUACGCAGGGCAAGCUCAAGGCGCACCUCAUCCGUGCCCAUCAUUGCCGUCAGCAAUUGCUGGGAAGACGGAUUUGCCUGAAACCGUCUGCGGGUCUUGGGUCGCUGGUGGACUUGCAACGUCAUGAAGAAUGGGAUGGCAGACUCCCACCUCUUCAGGCAGAGGGACCCCUGGAAGAGCCCGCGAUUCCACGGGACUUUGAGGCAGAACAUGGAGAACUGUUUGAGGCUGUCUCUCUUCUGAUUGUGGAGACCACGACAGACACGAUCUCUGACUUUGAGAAGCAGCUUGAGCAGCUCUCUCUCCGAUGGCCUAUCUCCUGGACUACAUGGACGACGACUUUUCGUUGCCUUUCCACUCAUUUUGAGGCAGCUGAUUUGAGCUUUUCCUUGCAUGUGAGAACGGAGAUUAGCAGAUGUCUUCUCGAAGUUGCUCAGCCCUCGCACUGGCCGCUCUUUCAAGGUGCCUGUGACCACACCCAGUCACAUGCCUCACUUGAAAUGAUUGAGGAUGUCUUUUCGCAGGCGCGAUGGAGGGCCCCGGCACAGAGCAUUCCGAGACCCUGUAGCAGAGAGCGCAUUUUCCUUCAUGUAUUUUCCGGGCGCAGGCGUGCAGGAGACCUACAAUUCUACAUGGAGAAGGUCUUCAGUGCCAACUGCAAGGAUGGAUCCAUUUUGUGCGUUGUUUCGCUCGAUCUGGUGAUUGACGCCGAGUUUGGCGAUGUGCGCAGACCGGCGACUCAGACAUUUUGGAAACAGGGAGUGACGUCUGGAUGGGUCCUUGGAGCACUUUGUGGCCCACCAUGUGAGACUUGGUCACAAGCUCGCCAUGUUGAAGAUCCCCUUCAUCCAGGACGAGGACCCCGACCACUUCGUGACAGGGAGCAUCUAUGGGGCUUUGACUCGCUUAGCCUCCGAGAGGCCCAUCAGGUUGCGACUGGAAAUGAGCUGCUGCUCUUCGCCAUUGAGCUGCUCUACGCGUUGGCGUGCUCCGAGGGCUUUGGACUCAUUGAACAUCCCAAAGAACCUGAGGAGCCCACCCGACCUUCCAUUUGGCAUUUGGAAGUGAUGCAAUUGCUGAGCAGAUUCUCUGGCGUGGAGAUCAUCGACAUUGCGCAGCAUCAUGUGACCCCUGACCUGCCAAAGCGCAGUGCAAUUGGCCGGGCAGCGGACGGCACAUGGCGUACC